CCAGUUCCAUCACCGUCCUCCUCUUUGUUCUUGCCCCUGCAGAUUCAGGGGCCUCUCCAAAACCCUAGAUUUGCUCUUUUCUCUCGAGAAGAGAGGAAGAGAGGGUGAGGCAAUGGCGCCAAAGAUCGAGAGCUCUGCGGCCGCUUCUCCACCUUCGGAGUUCGACUCGAUCGAUCCCUUCCUCCACAUCCUGAGAUUCCUCCCAUACGGGUUUCUCAGGGUUCCCCGGCUUCGUCUUAAGCUCCCAUCCUUCUCGCUUCCCUCUGCCAUGACCGUUUUUUCUCUCGUCCUCCUUGCCUACUUCGUCGUCGUCUCCGGCUUCGUCUAUGACGUGAUCGUAGAGCCCCCUGGCAUCGGCAGUACGCAGGAUCCGGCCACCGGUGCCGUGAGGCCCGUCGUCUUCCUUCCCGGGAGGGUCAAUGGACAGUACAUCAUCGAGGGGCUGUCUUCCGGAUUCAUGUUCGUCCUCGGCGGGAUGGGCCUUAUCAUGAUGGAUCUAGCCCUGGACAAGAACCGGGCGAGGAGCGUCCGCAUCUCUCUCGCUUCUGCUGGCAUCUCGUCUGUCACGAUCUCGUACGUGAUGAUCAUGCUUUUCAUCCGCAUCAAGAUUCCCGCAUAUCUCCGGUGAAUUGCCUGUAUUUCUUGCUAGAUCUUCAUUCCCCCUCUAAUCGGAUGCUGUACGCUUUUUUUUUUUUUUUUUCUGGAACAUCAAAUAGAGAAAUUUUGUUUCGGUUAGCCACAUUGUUUUGGUAUAGUUUCGAUGACAGAGGAAAUUCGACCACUCUUGCUUGACAAAUGCACGUACUGCCUGCUUCCGUUAACUCUAUCAUGGACAUUUUCUCCGGUUUCACUAGGAGUGAAUUUUGAUUAUCUAGUAGAUCUCACACCAUUGACUUUC